AUGGUGAAGAUUUAUCGAAAGAUAACCAAGGUAGCUCCUGCAGAUGAGCUUGGAUCUUCACUUCUCCCCAUCUUCAUUGACUGCCUGGGGCUCGAGCACCAGGAUUUCGGAGUCCAAAGUCCACUCCUUGACCAGGGCGUCACCUCCAUCGAGCUGAUCAAGCUCAAGAAGGCCAUCGAAGAGCGUCUCAGCCUGUCGCAGGAGAUCCCGAUGAUCACUUUACUGAGGAACCAGACCAUCCGAGCCCCCAGCGCCUCCCUUCGAGACCUGCAGAACCCCGCACCCCAACUUCACAACCCAGUAGUGGUCCUGCACAACGAAGGCAGCAAGACGCCUUUCUGGCUCAUCCACCCCGGCGUCGGCGAGGUUCUCGUCUUUCUGAAUCUGGCGAAAUACAUACAAGACCGACCCGUCUUUGCACUACGGGCGCGCGGCUUUAACGAGUCCGAGGAACCAUUCACCAGCAUCGACGAAGCAGUGCGAACAUACCACACCGCAAUCAAGCAAACACAGCCGGACGGCCCCUACGCGAUCGCAGGCUACUCAUACGGCGCGAUGCUAGCCUUCGAAACCAGCAAGCUACUCGAGCAAACCGGCGAUACCGUGGGCUUUCUAGGCUCGUUCAACCUCCCGCCGCACAUCCGGUCGCGGAUGCGCCAGUUGGACUUCCGACAAUGUCUACUCCACCUCGCGUACUUCCUGGACCUGAUCAGCGAGGUGCGCGCGACGGAGCUGGCGCUCUCGCGGCCGGCGCUGCUGAAAUGGGCGUGUCUUGCGUUCGGGUUGCAGAGUAUGGCGGUCGAGUAUGAGCCAUCGGGGUCGGUGGGAGCCAUCGAUUGCUUCUACUGUGUCCCGCUUGUCGGUGUGGCUUCUUCAAAGCGCGAGUGGUACGAUGAGCAUCUGGUAAAGUGGAGGGACUUUGCGCGGUCGGAGCCCAGGUUCCAUGAUGUUGGGGGCGCGCAUUAUACGAAGCUGUCGGCGGAGCAUGUUUUUGGGUUUCAGAAGACGUUGCGGCGGGCGCUGGAGGAGAGGGGUUCUUGA